AUGCUUUUGACAAGUCUUACAAGUGGCCUUAUUCCAAUUCCAGAAAUUCCUCCACCGGAUUCUUAUUUUAUAUACAAUCCUAAAGUGCCAGGAAACAUGCCCACUCAAUCCCUGUUAGUGUAUAUGGAUGGACCAGAAGUUAUUGGCAAUUCCCUGGGCAACCAGAUGGAGCUAGAUGAUGCCGUGUCAAUAAAAGGGACCACCGCUGUUCCUUUCAGAGCUACGCAGGAGAAAAGUAUCAUCCAGAUAGAAGGAUAUAUGCCCUUGGACUGUAUGUUUUGCAAUCAGACCUUCACACAUUCAGAAGACCUUAAUAAACACGUCUUAAUGCAACAUCGGCCUAUCCUCUGUGAGCCAGCAGUUCUGCGCGUUGAAGCAGAGUAUCUUAGUCCUCUUGAUAAAAGUCAAGUAAGAACAGAACCUCCCAAGGACAAGAAUUGCAAAGAAAAUGAAGAAUUCAGCUGUGAAGUAUGUGGGCAGACAUUCAGAGUUGCUUUCGACGUCGAGAUCCACAUGAAGAAGCAUAAGGACUCCUUCACCUACGGGUGUAAUGUGUGCGGAAGAAGAUUCAAGGAGCCGUGGUUUCUUAAAAAUCAUAUGCGGACACACACUGGCAAAUCUGGAGCCAAGAGCAAACUGCAGCAAGGCUCGGAGAGCCCGGUAACCAUCAACGAGGUGGUGCAGGAGCACGCGGCCGAGAGCAUCUCCUCUCCUUACAAAAUCUGCAUGGUUUGUGGCUUCCUCUUUCCAAAUAAGGAAAGUCUAAUCGAUCACAGGAAGAUGCACAGCAAAGAGACGGCUUCCGGUGCCAGCAGUACACAAACAGACUGUCAGCAGGGGGGCAUGCCAGCCCCGGGGCAAGAGCUCCUGCAGUUUUUAAACUUGAGACCCACAUCUCACCCCGAAACCGUCAAGAAGCCCACAAAAUGGAUACCUCAGCUCGAUCCGUUCACCACCUACCAGGCCUGGCAGUUGGCCACCAAAGGAAAAGUGGCCGUGUGCCGGGAAGUGAAGGAGCAGCCAGGGCAAGAAGGAAGUACUGACAACGAUGACUCGUGUUCGGAAAAAGAGGAGCUCGUAGAAAUUUGGAACGCGAGUAAAAACCAUUCCGAAGGUUCUGGCAAGUCCAAGACCAGUAAGAGCGGUUGUGCGGGCUUCUCCCAAGAUAAAGAGAAGCCCAGACCCUCCAAUGGUGAAGUGCCUUCUGCGGAAGCGGACCCGAAGCUGUCGGGUCACAAAGAGAAGCCGACCCACUGCUCGGAAUGCGGCAAAGCCUUCCGCACCUACCACCAGCUGGUGCUGCACUCGCGAGUGCACAAGAAGGACCGGAGGGCCGACGCCGGGUCGCCCACCAUGUCCGUCGAUGGGAGGCAGCCUCGGACGUGUUCUCCGGACCUCCCCACCACGCUGGAUGAGCAUGGAGCCGUCGACCGAGAAGGUGGUUCUGAAGAUGGAUCUGAGGAUGGACUUCCGGAAGGGCUCCAUUUGGAUAAAAAUGAUGAUGGAGGAAAAAUAAAGCAUCUUACAUCCUCAAGAGAAUGUAGUUAUUGUGGGAAGUUUUUCCGUUCAAAUUAUUACCUCAAUAUUCAUCUCAGAACGCAUACAGGUGAAAAACCGUACAAAUGUGAAUUCUGUGACUAUGCUGCAGCCCAGAAGACCUCUCUGCGGUAUCACUUGGAGAGACAUCAUAAGGACAAACAGAUCGAUCUUGCCUCGGAAGUCAAGAACGAUGGGAAAAACCAGGAGAUGGAAGAUGCACUACUAGCCGCCGACAGUGCGCAAACCAAAAAUUUGAAAAGAUUUUUUGAUGGUGCCAAAGAUGUUAAAGGCAGCCCACCUUCGAAGCAGUUUAAGGGGAUGGCCUCUACGUUUCCGAAUGUUCUGGGCAGCACUGUCCUCUCGCCAGUACACAAAGAUACUCAGGAUUUCAACAAACAUGCAACUGAUGACAGUACUGAUAAAAUAGGCAAAACUCCUGCCCCUGCGUAUUUGGACGCGUUACAGAAGAGACCGCCGGGCGACCCCCAGGCCGCGGAGCCCGCGGGUAGAACAGAGGCGGGGGUCCCUGCGCCCCACGGCGCGGUCCUCGGCGCGGAUCCGGGCGCCCGGGAGCAGCCGGCGGGGACGGCGGCCGACGGCAGGCACCUGCCCGGCGCGGACUGUCAGGAGAAGCCCCUGAACCUGUCCCUCGGGGCUCUUCACGGCUGCCCGGCCAUCUCUCUGAGCAAGAGUUUAAUCCCAGGGAUCACCUGCCCGUUUUGUACCUUCAAGACCUUUUAUCCGGAGGUUCUGAUGAUGCACCAGAGACUGGAGCAUAAGUACAACCCCGACAUCCACAAAAACUGCCGGAGCAAGUCGGCGCUGCGCAGUCGGCGCACCGGCUGCCCGCCCGCGCUGCUGGGCAAGGACGUGGCCCCGCUGGCGCACUGCCCCCGGCCCCGGCCCGCCAAGGCCGCGCCCGCCGACCGCGACCGUGACCGCGACCGCGACCGCGGGAAGCCGGGCCCCGCCGCGCCCGCCAGGCCCCCGCCGCCGGGCCUCGACCCCAGCACUUUAGCGCCCAGCAACCUGAAGGCGCCGCGGCCCGGGGGGGCGCCGGGGGCCGCCCGGCCUGCAGAGCCCGUGCACGUGGAGCGCGGCCGCAGGCCCGACGCCAGGCCCCGGGCGCCCCCCGCCAGCGCCGCCGCCAACGGCUGCGCCGAGCGCCCCUGGGCCCCGCGGGGCCGCGACCCCCCGAGCGGCCGCCCCGCCGAGCCCGGGGAGCCCCUGGCCAAGCGGCCGCGGCCCGACGCCGAGCCGCCCGCGCCCGCCUUCCGCCGCGCGCUGGAGCUGCCCAAGUACCAGGUGGUGCGCGGCCUGCCCGCGCUGCUGCCCGCCGAGUGCGUGUGCCCGCCGCCCGCCGCACUGCCGCCCAAGGCCCGCGCCACACCCGCGCCGCUCUUCUGCGGGCCCGCGGCGGAAGGAAAAAGGCCUGUGUCGUAUCAACACUUGUCUAGCAGCAUGCUACAAAAGAGAAACUAUGAGAAUUUUAUUGGGAAUGCACAUUAUCGGCCAAAUGACAAAAAAACUUGAUUUACUAUUUCGGGUCUUGAUGGAUGUGUACUGUCCACAAAUUGAGUUCGUCCAUCCUUUGGCAAAAGCAGAUGGUGGGAGCCUGUGAAAUAAGCUGUGACCGUACCAUGCGUGUAACAUGCCAGGAACACUACGGUUUUGUAAAGUUGUUCUGUUAACUUUUGUACCAAAUAGCAAUAAAAACUAUAGUUGGAACAGUUGGGUUGUACACAAAUGGAGACUGGAAAUCUCUAUUUUGUCCCUGAAUAAUAUUUUUUUUAGAAUCGACCAAAUAAGAAGAGGAGUCUUUUGCAUACUUGAGCGCUGCUGGAAAGAAACCAUCUGGGUUGGGGGGUGGGUGGGGAGAAAGUAUAUGACGCUUGCACCUCAGGUAAUAUGUACAUAUGUAAGUUCUAAACCUGCUUGUUCAAAUACUGUGCAUACUCUUUUCUCUAAUGUAGCUCAUCACUUUGAGCAGUUCCUAUUUGUACUCUUUCGUUGAAAAUGUAUGUUUUUAAAAAAAAUUCUCAAUGAUUUGUAUUAUGUUAAAUCUUCCCCAGUCUAUUGUCUUAACAAAAUUGUUAACACAAGUAUUGACCCUCUAUGAAUAUGUGCUGCAUAUACUGUGGUCAGUCAUUUUGAAUUCGGUGCCCUUUUAUUGUAAUUUUCAUUUUGUCAACAGAGGGAGAGUCCAGAUCCACGAUCCUUUUCUGAAAAAGUGGUGUGAUUUGUGGGGUUUUUAAGUGUGUGUGUUUACAGAGAAGCAUGUCCUCCGCAGAGCAGCCACAUACGCAGUAAACAUACCAAAUUGUAUGUGGAGUUCCUAAAAGUUAUUUUUUAUCACAUUAAUCAUUUUUGUUGGAAAAUUCAGGUUUUCUUGGCUUUUCCUUAAAUUAGUAUGUAAAAAAAAAACAUAAACGUUAAAUUAUACAUGUGAAUUACACAUAUUGGAAGCAAUUUUAAAGGACAUGAAAGUUUUCGGGUAAAUUUUAGGUUUGUAUCUAGGAGUCUUGGUGUGCCCGGCAUUUGGGUUAACUGUGGACAUAUUCGAGUUAAUGAUAGACACGUUGAUUCUGAAUAAGGAACUGCCGGCUGAGCCUUCUGGUAAUGGGGAAGAUGUGAUCUGUUUCUUGACCUCCGUUGUCUUCCCGUUUUUGGUUGUUUGGAGCAGCAACGUUUUUCUCAGUGCAUGUGUAGUUUGGGUUUUUAAAGAGAGGUUAGCCACCAGCUGGCUUGCUAGGUGUUUUAAACUUUUGUUCCCUUAAUACGCUGUCUGCGGCUGAGUUUAUUCAGCAGUACAUUGGUUUAGCAACCACAAAAUAUUUUAUUAAGAAAACCGUUUUCAAAAAUAAAUUUGCACUGUUAAGUUUUCUUGCCCUGUCCUUUUGCGUUAGAGCAAGAGUGAAGUCCUAAAAGAAUCCUGAUUUAUUUCUUUGUUCUUGUUUUUGUUUUCAUUAUGUAACAUGAAGCAUACUUGACAGAGAAGUCUUAAACUCCCACGUUAAAGGGAGACCUGAUUAGAGAUCAGUCUGCUGUCAUUGCAAUGAAGUGCUUUGUAUCAGGAAAGUGUACACUAUUUACCUUUUUUCCUGUUCACAAGCUGAGCCAUAUGUACAUAAUCUAGAUUUUUGUUUUCAUAGUUUUGCACUUUUAUAGCCUAUUUUUGAAGAUUAACACAUUUGCAAGAUGAUUGACUUGAUCUUUGCCUAAUCCAAUGAGUGUUGCAGAAAGCUUGCUGUGACUAUAAAUGUAAAUCUUAAAAGGGGAUACGAGAUAAUAGAGGGCUGAAAUUUAAACCUGUAUUUAAAAAAAAUCACCAAAUCUAUCUGAAAACAAGUCAAUUCAUGUCAUACUGAAAUUUUGGGGGCUUUCAGAUUUCUCCUUUCUUAACCACAUUUCUGAAUUUCUGAAUGCAUAAAAAUGUCCAUUUUUUUUUUUCACAGCCCUUGUACUCCAAAAUUUUUGUUUGUUUUUGUUUUUGGUCCAUCAGUAUUAACUAUUGGGAUACUACUGGUUUUGUAUGUUUUUUUUCCUUUUGAGACAACAGUACAUAUAAUAGAGGUACAAUCCAUUGGAUUUUUGUUUAUGUAUUUAUUUCAUUCCAGUUUGAUUUAUUUUAAUUGUUGAUACUUGUCAAACAGUAGACAUUACUUGUUUUAUUUAUGAUAUAUUUCAGCUUAAAGUUAUGUUAUUAUAUGUGGAUGUAAAUAUAGAUUUGGUGUUUUGCA